AUGCCCCUUGAUUGGGAUCUGAAUGGUUGUGACAACGACGGCUACUCAGUCAUGACCGACCUGGGACAAUUCGGCGCGGUCAUGUUUGAGAUGGUUACUGGCCAACGUUGCAGAUUCGAUCUUUUACAUGACUGGAAGGGUACAGUGGAAGUAACGUCAACGAGCGAGUGGAAGGGUGUAGAGGAAUUACCGUCAACGAGCGAGUGGAAGACUGUAGAGGAAUUACCGUCAAGGAACGAAGUGUGGCUGGGCCAUAUCAUGGAAAAAUGCUGGAAUCAAGGAUUCCAAUCCGCCAAAGCCCUUGCAACCGAGCUGGAGGAGCUUUCCAUAACAGGAGACAGGGUGUUGAAUCCUUGA